ACCCAGUAGAAACUUACAUGAGCAGCCCAUCGCAUAAGCCUGGUUUUGUAUAACGGAGAGAGAGAGAUAGGAGAGAGACUUUGAUCUUGGACCUUUGAGUAUAGUCGAGACUCCGCUAUCUUGUUCUUCUUCCGACCGGUAUUGCUUCGCUUGACAGGCACGCGACGCUGUUCAACCGACAUCCACCUCUGAAGAAAGCGAGAGGCUCGCAGGCUCGUGUUUUUCUGACUCCCGGAAGCAAGACUCCGCUCCAGUGGUUUGAGAUACGGGGCCUCCUGGGCGGAGCAGGGAGAGCGAGAUACGACCAAGCCCACCAACGACGACGUCGGCCAGAGCCAGGCGGACACAGACAGCAUUCCUUGGCGAGAAGACGAGGAAAAAGGGAGACGAAGAUGGCGACGCGAAACGUUAACAUGACGCACGCGACGAGGCCGUCCAUGUCGUCCAGCUCGGGCAACGCGAUGAAGACGCGGCAGCUAACUCACCUCCAUUCGCAGCUCGCCCAGCUGUCAGCCAACCUCGCCGACACCGAAAACCUGGUUCGUAUGACGAGCGUGCAGGCCGAAAGCAUGCGUGGUCUAGGGGCGUGGCACGGCGGCAUGUUCAUGGCUGCGAGCAAGGUCCUCGGAGAGGAGGCUAUCAAUCGCGAUGCAGCAGCGCAGGCGAGAGGCGGUCAGUGAUGAGAGGCAGUCGGUGGUAAGAGGGGGAGGGGGGGUAGCCGCAGUUCUUCAGAACAUAUCCGAGUAUACGCGGGGUUUGGCGCCUCACUGCCGCCUUGGCAGACCGGCUGAUUUGCGCCGGAACAAAAGAGGAUGUCGAUGACGAUGACGAGAGAUGGAAAGAGUAUGGCUUGGGGUGGCUACGGGGUGGCCGUGAAGACGAGGGGGUGGAACCUGGCCCGGAUGUGUUGUGAAGAGUCUCGGCGCGGUCCGUUUGGACGACGGACCAUGUUGCCAACGGCCGCAAGGUCGGCACGCCUGACGAAUGAAUUCCAGGUUAUGUUGACGUGGACGCUAGCUAUUCCUGUAUUCGAACUCAACGAUGCGCUGAACUCUCCCCAGGCUUGGCUUGCGCAGCCUGGCCGAGUAACUACAAGCGCAGUUCCGAUCAUUCGCAUUGUUCACACACAC